AUGUCCUCCGCAGAUAGUGAUAUCUUGGCAGAAAAGCCCACGAAAAGGUCGCUGAAGAGCUACAUUUGGGAUACUUGGGACAAAUCACCAGAGGAGCGCAAGUUUCUGGGGAGGCUUGAUGCUUGUCUUCUCACCUACGCGGCGUUGUCCUACUUUAGCAAGUAUUUGGACCAGCAGAAUGUAACGAAUGCUUAUGUAUCGGGCAUGCAGACUGACCUUGGGCUGGGAGGGAAUCAGCUUAACUACAUCACUACCGCCUGGACAUGCGGAUAUGUUAUUGGACAGAUACCCUCCAAUAUGCUUAUUACUCGUUUACAACCCUCGAUAUGGAUACCUGCAAUGGAACUCAUUUGGAGCGUAUUGACAAUGCUGCUGGCCACGUCAAAGAACUUCACACAUCUCGUCGUAAUCAGAUUCUUCGUAGGUGUUGCUGAAUCAACCUUUUAUCCGGGCAUGCAGUAUGUCAUCGGAAGCUGGUACAAGCCUGAUGAGCUGGGAAAGCGAGCUUGCGUCUUCCAUACGACAAGUGCAAUUGGGCCCAUGUUUAGCGGUUUUCUGCAGGCCGGAGCAUACGCGGGGCUGAACAACAGAUACGGUAUCGCAGGUUGGAAAUGGUUGUUCAUCAUCGACGGCAUCAUUACCGUCCCCAUUGCCAUUCUCGGAUUCCUCAUCAUGCCCAAUUUGCCGCAUAAUACCAAACCCUCGCGCCUGUACACGGAAGAGCAGCUCGACAUGGCUCGGCGACGAAUGGCCGAGAUCGGGCGGAAGGCGCCAACCAAGUACACCUGGGAGAAGGUCAAGGGUUUCUUCAAGACCUGGCACUGGUAUACGCUCGUCCCUCUUUACGUGCUCUUCAACAAUGGGAGCAACCCCCAGAGUUCGAUGAUCUUCUGGCUGCAAUCGUUCAACACUCCUGGACAUACCGUCUUCACUGUAGCGCAGAUCAACGUCUACCCAUUAGGGAUGAACGCCAUCCAGGUCGUCACAACCCUCAUCUGGGCUUGGUGGUCGGAUGCGGUGCAGGCAAGAUGGCCGCCGAUGGUGUUUGCGGGCUUGUGGAGUGCGGUCACAUGCACUGUCCUCGCUACAACUAGCUUGUAUGGCAAUGUGCCUCUGCGUUGGACCUUUUACUACUUCACGCUUGUCUCGGGUGGCCUGUCUGGACUCAUCCUCGCAUGGGCAAACGAGCUUUGCGGGAACGACAGCGAAAAACGAUCCUUCGUCGUAGCGUGCUGCAAUACGUUUGCGUAUGUCUUCCAGGCGUGGCUGCCGAUUGUGCUUUUCCCGCAGGUUGAGCAACCGCGAGUGGAGAAAGGCACGAUCGCGACGAUCUUUAUCAACCUCGGGAUGAUUGGGUUCGCGCUUCUUACGUAUGCCUUACAGACCCGGGAUAGGCGACGUGCACGCCGACGCCGGAUGCAAGAAGAUGCCGCGGAUCGAACUGUGGAAGUUGACGUGCUGGACGAGGAGGAAUUAGACACCAAGGCGAAGGACGCCGAGCAGGCGAUCAUCAUCCAGGAGCUUCCUUCGUAG